UGAUGUGACAAACCCAUACAGUACAAUCAUGAAUCACGUGAUCACAGUCCCACCCUUCAGUACAUUGAAAGUGUACACAACAUUCAAAUAGCGAAAAUGGCCGGACGAGCAACCUCGAUGAACUUGGAGAAAGAUCAAAUCGAUGAUCUGAGGCAGCAGUUUGAAUCAUUGGACACUGACGGCAAUGGCUUCAUUGAGCUCGAUGAGAUCGGCCAUGCCCUUGAGACGUGCAACAUCAAGCUGCCCCAGUUCAAGAUUCGCCUCAUUGUGGAGGAAAUCUCAAAGAAAGACGACGUGAACAGAGAUGGAAAAAUUGAUAUGAAUGAAUUUAGAGCUUUAUAUGCACGUUUAAAGAAAGAAUCGGAUGUAGGUCACAUUUUCAAAAAAUCUGUCAAUUCCCGGACUGAUAUACAACAGCAUACAGGCUCUGCAGACGGCAUUACCCAUUCUGUGAAGGAUUCUGAAAGAUACGCUUUCGCUGAUUGGAUCAAUAGGAACUUGAUCCAUGACCCUGACUGUCAAAGUCAACUGCCCAUCAAUCCAGAUUCAGACGAUUUGUACACAAAAGUUAAAGAUGGCAUUUUAUUGUGUAAACUGAUUAACCAGUCUGUAUCAGAAACUAUUGACGAGAGAACGAUUAACAAAAACAAGCCCAAUGUGUAUCAAAGAACUGAGAACCACAACCUGGCCCUGAACUCGGCCCGCUCCAUUGGCUGUAACGUGGUGAACAUCGGACACACGGAUCUGGAGAAUGGCACACCACAUCUCGUUCUCGGACUUCUGUGGCAGAUCAUCAGAAUUGGCCUGCUCAGCGAGAUCAACCUGACGUCACACCCGGGCCUGGUGCUGCUGCUACAGGAAGGGGAGACAAUAGACGACCUUCUGAAACUCUCGCCGGAGGAGAUCCUUGUCCGAUGGGUCAACUACCAUCUGAGGAACUCUGGCAGCAACCGACAGAUCGCCAACUUUGGCGGAGACAUCAAGGAUUCUGAGGCGUACACAUACCUGCUGAACCAGAUUGCACCUAAGGAGGCUGGUGUUGGACUUGAUCCUAUGAUGGAGCCAGAUGGGGAGAUGAGAGCGGAAGCCAUGCUUAGAGAGGCAGACAAGAUCAAGUGCCGUGCAUUCAUCACAUGCAAGGACGUGGUCCGUGGCAACACGAAGCUGAACCUCGCGUUCGUUGCCAACCUGUUCAACACGUACCCUGCCCUGGAGAAACCUGACGACAUGGAAGUGGAACUAAUUGAGGAAACCAGAGAAGAAAAAACUUAUCGCAACUGGAUGAACAGUUUGGGCAUCAAUCCAUAUGUGAACCGUCUCUACAACGACCUGCAAGAUGGUCUUGUUAUCUUCCAAUUGUACGACAAAAUUCAACCAGGCUGCGUAAACUGGAGUAGAGUUAUCAAGGAAUUCAAGAAAAUGAAAGCUACAUUUGAAAAAAUUGCCAAUUGCAACUAUGCAGUAGAACUGGGUAAGCAGCUGAAAUUCUCAUUGGUCGGCAUUGAUGGCAAGGACAUUAAUGAUGGCAACCAGACCCUCACGUUGGCCCUGAUCUGGCAGCUGAUGCGAGCGUACACCCUUGCCAUUCUCACGAGAAUGUCAGACGAUGGUAAACCCAUUGAUGAUGCAGUCAUCGUUAACUGGGCUAACAGUAGGCUGCGUGAAGCAGGAAAGUCCGUGUCGUUCAGCAGCUUCAAGGACCCUACCCUGUGUGACAGUCUGGCCAUCCUGCACCUCAUAGACGUGAUCGCCCCCAAGAAGAUCAACUGGGACUACGUGAAAGACAGCGGCUCUGACGAGAAGAGGACAGUCUUGAAAUCUGUUGACAAAAUGGCAAAUGCCAAGUACGCAAUUUCAAUGGGCAGAAAAAUUGGUGCGAGAAUCUACGCUCUUCCAGAGGAUGUCGUGGAGGUCAAGUCAAAGAUGGUGAUGACCAUUUUCGCCUGCUUGAUGGCAAUUGGUUGGAAGAAGGACCAUAAUCAGGACAGUUAAAUGCUUUCGGCCUGGCUGGAACAAUAACGGGCUAAGUAUAGGCCUUUAGGAACAGAACUAUUGCAUUAUUGAGAUGCAAUACCAGACGCUGGAGUAAUUAUCAAUAAACUGUUGAUAUCUAAAAUUCCAUGUAUUACUGCUAAUCUUUUUGGAAUGGUAUUUUACAUUGAAAGAUAUGUAUUCCAUGUUUGUUUUAUGGUCUUUCAAUGUGUGGGACCAAUUUGUUUUCACAAUUUGUACUUAAUCAUUCGGCUUUUGUAUGAAUAAUUUCUAUAUAUUAUAUUAUAGUUAUAUUUUUUAAAGUAUACAUACAGUAUGACCAAAAUUUUUAUUCCAAUUAUGUAAUCUGAUGUCAAUUUAUAUGAGUAUUUUUUUUUCUCUCUGUGAUUUCAAAUAUGCAUGUGUUUGAGGUGUGAUACAAUUAUGCCCAUAUUAAUGCUUUUUAAUUAAGAGUUCAUUGUACCAUACAAAUGUCAUAGCUUAAAGCUCUUUGAACAUAGGCUUUAGCAUUUAGAAGGUCCUGCAUUGGUUAGAGUAUACAUUACAAUUGUUCUUGCUUUUUUCUGAAUGUUUCAAAGUUUGGAAGUAAUUGGGUUAAUCACGGACUCCACCACUUUUACUGUUGAUAAUGUGCCUAUGAAGAUUUGAUCAAAAUAGGAAUGUGGUAAUGAACAUUUCUAAUGCUUCCACUUGUGUGCUUAAAGUCUAGAUGGAUUCAAGAACCUAGUGUACAAAGUGGUGUUGCAUUUCAUAUACGUACUUUAUUUCUAUGAAAUACUUUAUUGAUGUGAAUAGUUGUUCUAGAGAAUUUCCGGUUUGGAUUUUCAGUUCUUGAAGGAAUUCAAUUUGUGUAGUUUUUGUCCCAAUACAACUUCAAUUUCAAAAUGCCUGAUAAUGAAAAGGAUUUAUAUUUCAUUGCUAUAUCUAUUGCUGCCAUCAUGUAUGUAAAUGUUUUAAUAUUCACCAUUUAAAAGUGUUUAUUUGCUGAUGUAGCCUUUUCUUAUAUAUAAUAUAUAUUCUUUUUCUUGUGUUAAAACAAUAUGUUGCAAGCAAAAAUCGUGGAAGAAAUUUAAUUAAUCAAACACACAGCCGAUACAUCAAAUAUAUUGGAACCAUUUGCAAAUUAAGCGGAUAGUAAAUAACAUAUCAAAAUGAACUCGUCAGAAAUUUGGCGUAUUGGUAAACAUGUACCAGUGAUAUAGAACAUUAAACCAGAAUGGACUUUGCUUUUGUUGGUAUUUUUGUUGCGAUGUUAAAUUGUUUUGUUCUACAUGGAGUAAACAGUUUGUUUUGUCUUUCUUUCCCUAUCUCUGUAGAAAUGUUUAGUAGCUCUUGCCUUGUUUCAAUUUGUUAGCUUUCUCAAUGCACCACAUUAUAACCAUAGAUGCCUUUAUAUGUACAUGGUGUGUAUAUGUUGCUGUUUUUUUAUUCAGAAUAGAUAAAGGUAGUGUUUUUGAAAAAUACCUGCCCUAUUGUUAUUUGUUACGAACCUCCUAAACAUGAACAGUGAUAUUUUUCCUGGUGAUGAAUUGUCAAAAAAUAUUUGUUAGCGCAUAAAAGGAGAAGGAAAUAUUUUAUCUUUUUGUCAGAUUGUAAAGAAAGGACUAAAAUAAAACAAGGUCAAAACUUCACAAUUAUUUCUUAAAAAUUGUAUGAAGUAUUGUUAUAACUGGUAUGUUUGCAUUCGUUGUAUUCAAUAUCCUCAUAAUCAUGUUGAUUUGUUAUAUUCUAUAGAACAAACUGAUUUUUAGACAAAGUACAUCAAUUUAAGCAAAUAAAUAUGCUAUAAGAAA